GCCGCCUGCCCAACCAGAAACAUCUGUUUCCGAUCCCUGGGCUGAAGUUUCGAUCUCUACGAUUACCUCACAUAAGAGCCAGAACAAUAGAAGGCCUAGUUAUAUGGCCUCGCACAUCUUUAAAUCGAUCCUACAGCCUUUCUAAGAUCAGUAACUACGAUCCAUCGACCUUUCUAGCCCUACAUCUGGUCAAUUUGUUAUACUGUACCCCUCAAACCAGCCAACGGCUGUUGAAAAGGGACCGCAACUUCCUACUAGAUAUUAUAUUACAGGCCUGUCAACCUUCUCAAACCAAGUCACACAAUCCCGACAUACCACCUAGAAGCUCUUUGCCAUGUCCAGAGAGCGGAGGUCACUUAGCCUCGAGGCACCCGAGAGAAAAGGUACAGAAGAUCCAGGUGCGCAUGAGCUUGCCUCCUCCGAUUCCGAUGAGCACUUCUCUGAUGCUCAAUCCUCCCCGAGGAACAGUCCCGGGGCUACCUCCCCGGUACCGCGAACGCGAGUCGAAAAAGUAGACGAUGAGCCGUCUUACGGUGAAGUCCCGGGCACGGAAGCUUACAGUAAGCGCACAGAGGAUGCCGAGCCUGAUGAGAUUGCUAUCAUCCACGAGAAGAAGCCAGAGUUUGUCUCCCCAGACAGACCUGUGACGCCGGGGGGUCAUCCAAUUCCAAAGACGGUGGUUGACGAAUCGGCCGAUGCCCCUGGUUCUUCAACUCAUCACCAUAACGAAAAUCGUCAUCGUGCAGAUGCCGAACCAGACUUUAUUCGGAAACCUGACGGUACUGGCGAGGCAAAUCCGGUACCCUCCUCGCUUGACACCACCCAGGAAGCAACUGAUAACGCGACUGUAGCCCCAUCACUUAAGUCACCAUUGACCCAUCGACGGAGGAAAUCGUCAGCAGCAAAAUCAACGGGAAGUGUUAGUCAAGAAGAUGCUGAUGGCGAUGACGUUGAUGACUUUGGUGACUUUGGCGACGACUUUGACGAGUUUGAAGAGGGUGAUGAAGAUGCUGAUUUUGGCGACUUCGACGAUGGCUUUCAGACGGCCGAGGCAGAAGGACCGGCUCCCAUGCCGGUUCCUCAGCCUCAGGUCGCAAUACCCUCAUUUCCAAUAUUAGAUCUUGAUGGGCUUGACUCGGAAGAUAUUAUAGUUGCAACAGAACCAUACCUAGAUGCAUUGUUCUCUCCUGAAAUACAAGAGCUCCCAGUUUUACCGUCGCCACCAAAGGACAACCCAAUAUUCUUCAACCCCAGAAGCGCCUCUCUCUGGUCGCAAUUGGCGGCACCGCCACCUCUCCAACCCCCUGAUUGGAUCCGGUCUCGCAUACGGCGCCUAUUCCUAGUUUCCCUUGGCGUACCAGUGGAUCUCGACGAGAUAUUACCCGCCUCCAAACAAAAGAAACUUGUGCUACCAUCCAUCCACCGUGUCACUUCAAGCGGCUCGCUACGCACAUCAUCAGAGUCUCGCUCCGUCUCCAGACUCAGGAAGCCAGACACCGAUAACAACUCCUCGGCAUCCGUAGAUUCCCAAGACAAGGAGAAGCCCAGGUCCGCAUCAAAACGUCGAAAAGGACCACCCGAAGCACCCGAUCUGGAUUUGGUUUCCGCGAAGCAGCUUUGCACAACCACAGACGAGGCUCUAAGCGGUAUGACGGACAAGGAACUCCAGCAGCAUGUGAAAAAAUUACAAGGCAUGGAGGUCUUGGCGAAGGACGUGCUGGAGUAUUGGAAGAAACGUACGGACGAGAAGAUUGGCGAUCGCGAGGCGUUCGAGGGCGUAAUAGAAAACCUUGUGAAACAUGCUCGGAAAACUAGGAAAUAAAUAGGAAAAGGGUCAACAUAGUAAUACUAAUGGCUUUGCGUCGGGCUAGUGUCCUAGCAAAACGGUAUCUAAGUCCUCGGUUCUUAGCUGUGAUAGGUGAUGCCUUAUAGGUAUACUAGAUGUUCAGUUCUCUUUUGCUACGCUAGGGAUCGUGUUCUGGCCUUGCAUUGGUAGUAUGAAUAUGUUGCUAGCAAGAAGCAACUUACGACUGGUCUUCAUACUGAAC